UCCAACCUUCAUCAUUAAUGUGCAAAACCUAUUUGGAAAGAGAAAGAGAUGUGGAUCAUUCUAAACAUAUUCUUGUGUCUGUCUAAAUGGAUCUCUGCAGAUUCAGUCCUCAGAUUAGACACAUGUCAGCUUCAGGGACACUUCAUGUUGAAUGGGGUGUACAAACAUGGAGAUGUUAUACUAGGAGGGUUGUUUGAUGUUCACUUACUUACAGUUUUCCCACAGCUGAGCUUCAGAGUGCAGCCAAAGCCACCAUACUGUGAAAAAUUCAGUAUGGAAAACUUCAAAUCGUCACAGACAAUGGCUUUUACUAUAGAUGAGAUCAAUAAUAAUCCAAAUCUGCUACCCAACAUCACUCUUGGAUAUCAUCUUUAUGACAACUGUGUGAGACUAGCAAUGGCAUUUCGGGCUGCCAUGUCUCUGGCUAGUGGGACAGAGGAAUCCUUCUCCAACUUAAACUGCACUGGCCCUCCUCCGGUGAUUGGGAUUGUAGGAGAUCCAAGUUCAACUCCUUCUAUUGCAAUUUCCAGUAUCCUGGGGCUGUUUCAUGUACCUAUAGUUAGUCACUACGCCACCUGCUCUUGUUUGAGUGACAAGAAGAAAUACCCCUCUUUUUUCAGAACAAUCCCUAGUGAUGCCUUUCAGGUGCAGGCUAUGGUUCAGGUUUUGAGGCAUUUUGGAUGGACCUGGGUUGGCCUUCUUUACAGUGAUGAUGACUAUGGCACCUAUGCAGCACAGUCCUUCCAAAAGGAAGUUCAGCUUUUUGGAGGUUGUAUCGCUUUUUCUACAAUACUGCCCCAGAACAACCCUAGAGAGAUUCAGAAUAUAAUGGGAGUCAUUCGGGCUUCUACAGCUAGAGUAAUAGUUGCAAUUUCUACAUCAUCUUAUCUGCUGCCUUUGAUGGAUGAAGUGGUAUUGCAAAACCUGACAGGUAGACAGUGGAUUGCAAGUGAAGCUUGGGCCACCACACCAGCAUUUCGCACUCCACGCUUUCUGACAAUUUUGAGGGGAACAAUUGGCAUUGCUAUCAGACGUGGUGAGAUCCAGGGACUUCUUGAAUAUCUUUUACGUCUCCGUCCUAGCAGUGAUCCAAGAAAUAAUUUGGUGAGAAUCUUUUGGGAGAACAUGUUUGGGUGCAGUUUUGCAUCGCAAACAGUAGGUGAGCAAGUAAAAAAGUUGUGCACAGGACAGGAGGAUCUGAGCAUCACAAACACAGCAUACACUGAUAUUUCAGGGUUGAGAGGCCCUUAUAAUGUUUAUAAAGCAGUUUAUGCCCUGGCACAUGCACUUCAUGGACUGAUGCAAUGUGAAGAGGGGAGAGGACCAUUCAGUGGGAACAGCUGUGCUGACAUAACAAAUCUGAAACCCUGGCAGCUAAUCCACUAUCUACAAAAAGUGAACUUCAUCACAGGCUUUGGGGAUCGUGUGUCAUUUGAUAAGAAUGGAGAUGCUCUGCCCAUCUAUGAUGUGAUGAAUUGGCAACCAAGCUCUGAUGGUUCAAUACGAGUCCAAACAGUUGGUGUAGUAAAUAAGGGAGUGACAUCAGGUAUGGUGCUCAAUUUGGUUGAAGAUGCAAUAUACUGGAACUUUGAAACAAAAAAGCCCCCGCAGUCUAUGUGCAGUGAGAGCUGCCCCCUAGGCACCAGAAAAGCCAGAAGGAAGGGUCUUCCUGUAUGUUGUUAUGACUGCCUGCCAUGUGGAGAUGGAGAAAUUUCUAAUAGAACAGAUGCAACUGAGUGCCUGGUGUGUCCAUAUGAGUUUUGGUCCAAUAAAGAAAAGGAUUAUUGUGUGCCCAAACAAGUUGAGUUUUUAUCCUAUGAGGAUCCCCUGGGCAUCUCUCUGACCACUGCUUCCUUGCUAGGCAUCUGCUUUUGUGCUCUUGUGAUGGUCAUCUUCUCUCAUCAUCAUAACACUCCCAUAGUACGUGCCAACAAUUCAGAGCUUAGCUUCCUGCUGCUGGUGUCACUCAAAUUGUGUUUUCUGUGUGUGCUGCUGUUCAUUGGCCAGCCACAGUUAUGGACAUGUCAGUUAAGAUAUGCUGUCUUUGGCAUAAGUUUUGUCCUGAGUGUCUGCAGCAUUUUGGUUAAGACUAUGGUGGUAAUAGCUGUGUUCAAGUCAUCUCGUCCAGAAGGCAAGGAUGCAAUGAAAUGGUUUGGACUACUUCAACAAAGAUGUACUAUUCUAGUCCUAACAACCAUUCAAGUUGUUAUAUGCACAGUAUGGAUAUCAAAUGCAUCGCCAACACCCCAUAAAAACCACCAGUACAUCCGUUCUAAAAUAGUAUUUGAAUGUGCCAUUGGCUCAGUGGCUGGUUUUUCUUUGCUGCUGGGAUACAUUGGACUAUUGGCAGCAAUAAGCUUUCUGUUAGCCUUUCUAGCCAGAAAUCUUCCGGAUAAUUUUAAUGAAGCAAAGUUUAUCACUUUUAGCAUGUUGAUCUUUUGUGCUGUUUGGAUUGCAUUUGUUCCAGCAUAUGUGAGCUCUCCAGGGAAAUAUGCAGUGGCUGUAGAAAUUUUUGCUAUAUUAGCUUCGAGUUUUGGUUUACUGAUGGCCAUAUUUACCCCAAAGUGCUACAUUAUUCUUUUACAUCCAGAGAGAAACACCAAAAAAGCCAUCAUGGGAAGAUAAUUGCAAAAAUUGCUGUUUUCCAUUAUUACACAAAAGAGACUUUUCAUGAGAGAAGCUUUCUUAUAUAAAAAAUGUAUAUGUAUGAAAUGCAUAUGAAAAGCUAGAAUUUAAAUGACUUGUCCUUUUUCAUGUUUAGGUACAAAUGACACACUUUUGGAUGGCCAGUGUAAUUUACUAGGAAAAGUCUAAUUUCAUAUUUUACAUUUAUGUGAGUAAUUACAGAGGAGGAUCUACACAUGCUUAAUGAUGUCACAAAGAAGGACCACCAAUAUUUAUAAUUAAAGUCAUGUUGAAAUAA